UAAUGCAGAGGAAACGGGUUUAUAAGUUUCCUCUUUGGUUUGUAAAAGCCUGUUUUGGGACCUGUUGCCUGGAGAUUUCUAAGAGAUUUGGGAGGGAUGAAAUCUCCAAUCCUGGGCCCAUAUUUUGGGAGCAGCCAGUGUGCUGAUUGCACAGGUGUGUGCAGGCCUUUUUGUGGAGGCCAGGCAUGAGUCUGAGCUCCACCCCGGCAAACGGAGUCAGGAGGAUUCCACCCCGGCAGGCAGGAGGUCUCUGCCUGCCAUACUUUGGGGAAGAGUCUGCAGGAGGCAG